CUGAGACGGCGCAACCUGCGAUACAUCCGCAAUCCACGCCACGACAAGACACGCGUUACAUACGCAACUGUCCAAUUGUUUGGACAGCAGCCUGCCUACCGCAUCGGGCGCAUCGCGACUGCCAAGACAUCUGCCGGGCCCUCCCGUUUGUUUUGAUUCUGUGUUGACUAUCGCGACCACCACUUCGUCUCAAGUCUACGCGACAUCCACCAUACUUGACUUGUCUCUACAGCACCUCUUACUGCGCGCAUCGCGAUCGCAUAAGUUACGCGACUCCGACUAUACCACAUUUACCGGGGUUUUAUCCUACCGCCUACCACCAUGUCGACCUCGUGGCUUCAACGGCAACGCAAAGCCCAACUGCUCGAACUCUCGGAACAAGCGGGCUUGAAACAAGAUGAAGAUACCCGCAAAGACGAUAUCGUGGAGUCCUUGAACGAAUACCUCCAGACCAACUCCACGCGUCUGUCGCGUGAGCCUGCAUUUUCCGGCUACUUUGGUACACGCGCCACACCAGGCAGGCCACGCGCAAGCGCUAGCGAGUUCCUACCUGAAAGUGUAGGCGAAGUGGUGGAGGAAGUCAAGAGUGUGGUGAAGAGCAGAGGACGGCGUCCAACAAAGGUCAAGCAGGAAUCCGAAGAUGACACAGGCAUUCUUUCGUCUCCUGUGCAAGCCGUGGUGGCUUCUGCGAGCAACGCUCUAUCGCCCGUCACGUCUGCCUUGUCCCCAUCAACCCAGCUGAACCCACGCACGCCCGGUCUGCGUGGUGGUGCUCGCAGGCAGUCUCAGCUUCCGGGACCGCCAUCGCCAGCCGCAGUGGCAGAACUCGCAGAAGACGCCUCCCGUGAGGUUGUGACCAACUUCAAGGAUCUCUACAACAGAUCUGGAAUCGAUGAACAGAUCGCGAACUUGCGCGAAAUCCUUUCGGGCGUCCAAGGAAUUCACCUUACGGUUCUCCUGCUGGAAGCCAUUGCUCUGCAAAGAAAAGUAUUCCCAUGGGACUAUGCGUUCUCCAUUCCAGCCACCGCCAUCACUCCAGCCAGAGCAGUGUACCUUCCCAAUCUGUUCAUCCUCCUCACAUCCCUCUACUGGUCCACCACCCUGACGUGGUCGUUCGCAUCGAUCUUCGUGCCAUUGUUGUUCGCCUACUUCUACAAUCUCACGAUCCGGGAUGUCAAGCGUGGCAAUGUACGCGUUGCUGUUGCCAGAUACGCGGCAGAUCCCAUGACGUACAAUUUGGUGAAGGCACUCGGCACCUGGCUGGUGUUCAAGAAAGGUGUCACCUUUGGCGUGAUCGACCCCGAGACUGUCCUGCGCAUCGAACAGGGCAUUUGGGGUGGCUCCAACGCUCUGUUGAUCGGCGCAGGACUUGGGGCAAUUGGCGCUCUGUACGAAGCGGCACAAAGGCGUGCUGUGUCUUAGACCCAGCUGGCCACGAGUUGCCAUGCAGCAAUUGGUCAGUCUUCUGCAGCAGGACUAGCUGGACAUUAAGAGCAAAAGAAGAAUGCUCGAGCAACAGAUCUGAUUUACGACUGGAGAGGUUUUGAAAUUUGGAAUACGGUUGGUAAGCUUGUGGGAGCUUGUACAGAGGAGUUUGACAAUUGGAGAUCAUCACGAUGUUUGGAAAGUGCGCUCGCUGGCGUUUGACAGGUCGUUGUCCUGAUUUGACACAUUGAGAUAUCCAGAG